GUUAAAUAAAAAUGGAACGUUUACAAAUACAAGAAGCAUUUACUGUAUUAAAACCACUUUGUGAUAGUUUAAUAAAAAACCCAAACGUGGAUACUGCGCGAAAAGUUGCUAAUAAUUUGACAAGAGUUUCAAACAAAGUUCUUCAAGAUCUGUUGGAAUAUAUUUUAUUCCCUUUAAUUAUUCAUUUACAAAAUAAAACGUUAAGUAAAAAUGUGAAAGAAGAAUUAGUAAGGACAACGCAGGCAAUACUAUCAAGGACAAGGAUAUCUAAAGUGGAAUAUUUUAAUAAGUUGUAUUCAUGUCUUUUAAUACAAAUUUAUGAUCCAACGCAGCAAAAUAUGGUAAUCGUUGGUCAUGAAGAACUUAAAGAAGCAGUACUGUUAUGCAUCAAGACUUUAAUACAUUCUUGCUUCACAGAAGUUAUAGAGUUAAUCUACACUAGAGAGAAUGCCUCAAAGAUAGGCCAAGGAAUAUUGUUAUCUAUAACAAUAGGAAGAAGUGAAAAAUCACGUUCCCUUAGAUUUAAAGCUGUAGAAACAGUAAUGGCAUUGUGCAAAGUGGAUGAUGAAACAGAUAAAUCAGAUAUUGUAUUACAGGAUCAAAUAGCUGAUGUUAUUAUGUUAUUCUUACCUGGAAUUGUUAGCGGUUUGCAAGAGAUAGCUAUGGGAAAUGAAAUACAAGGACAUAAACUUACAAUGAUAUCGUUAAGAGCUUGGGGAAGAGUAAUAUCUCUGGUAAUGAAAGAUAAAUUGGAAGAAGAGGAUGAUGUUCCAGCAUUAGGGGCUCUUAUCGAAGGAAAUCACGAAAUACCUAUUAAUCCGAUAGAAAAUUUAUCACACAUUAAAGAUCAAAGUGAACUAGAGAACCGUGUUAAAAAUACAAAAAGAAAUAAAGAAUGGUUUAAUGCUACUGCAACUAAGCUUAAUGUACUUGUGCAACAAUUAGAUGUACUGAAACGACACUCUCAUCAUAAAGUUAGGAAAGAAUUAGUAGAAAAUAUUCAUUUACUACUUACAACAUGUUCUAGGAAUAUGCAACCAAACGUUAUGUUAUUACUAGAGUAUUUAAUAUCUCUAUCUGAAGACGAAUUUGCAGAAGUUCGUGAAGAAGCUGAGAAAGUCCUAAAUGCAAUUAAUGUAAGUUAUAUGCAAAACAAGAGUAUGAGACCACUGGUGGAGUUACUGGAGGAAAACUUUUAUAAUGUUCUUACCAAAUUGCCUAGAAUUAUCAGGAGAUUUGAUGAUGGUGAUCAGUUAUCCUGUUUAAAUCAACUUGCUGGUUACUUAAAACUUCUUGGAGAACAAAGAUUACCUCGUAUUAUGAUGUCUACACCACAUGUUCGAAGAUUAUUAUUGGCUCUUGUAUAUGUAUCUGAAAUUGAUUGUAGUAACAUUUCUCUCUUACAAGAUGUAAAUGUAAAAGAUCUUGAAGACCCAGCAUAUUUAUAUGGAUCACAUUUGUGGAGACGAUUUAAAUUUAUUCAAAACAAAGCAUGCGAAGAAAAACUUAUAGCAAUAUGCAAAUAUCUCGGACAAUUUGGAGACCUUCGAAUUUUAGUGGAUACUAUUUUUGAUCUUAUCUUUAAUGUGCCACGACAUAAAAAGGAAUUAAUAUUAUUAUUAAACUGGAUAAUAAGUAUUCCGCUUAGAGACCCAUCGUUUCUGUCAAUUUAUAAAGAAAUUGUGGAAUUCUAUAUAAAUCCAGAAUUUUGGUAUACUGCAAUUGAAAGUACUGAAGACAUUCCUCUAUGUAUUGCUCAGAGUAAUGUAAUACAAAGUUGUUUAUUAUUAGAAGGUCUAGGAUUAAUUGCUUUAACUUUGAAACGUGAUUAUGACAGGUUUCUUCUAAAAACUUUAUAUUUAAUCAUAGAAAAAGCAGGUAGUGGACAUAGUUUAAUUAAUUUUGUUGGAACUAAAACACUUGAACAGGUUGCAGAAUCUCAGCAGUAUAGUGCAGUGGGAGAUCUUUUACGUGCAAAUGUCGAUUAUUUUUCAUAUCACGUUACUGUAAAGUUACGGAGAGUCGAACGUAAUCCUGGGGUACUCGAUGUUGUUGGUAUUGUUAUAAGAUAUAGUACAAUGGACGUAUUACCUUGUUUGAAAGAGGUUGUGGAAGAUGUACUGAUACAAUUAAGUAGUAGCUUUCAGCAAAAAAAUUCUUAUGCUUUCUUAAAAGUUUUUUAUACAUUUGUAACAUGUAUACGAAAUUUAAUAAAUGUUGAAGUUAUACCAAAAACGCAAGAACAAAGUGUAAAUAUCGAAUGUAAAUCUUCAAGAAUUAUUCAGGCUUUGUUAGAAUAUUAUGAAGCAAAAAGGGUAGAUGAUGAUAUAGAAAAGCAGCCUAAUGAAAUUAUGUUGCAAGAGGAAGAAAUAUUAGAAGAAUCAGAAGUAUAUCAAGAAGAGUUUACAAAGGAACAGGAAGAGAAGAAAAAUAUACCUUUUUAUAUCAAAAUGAUUGAAGAUAUAAUGAAGCACUGUUUACAUUUCUUACCAUCUAAAGAAGUUCAAAAAUCAUUAAUCGCGAUGUUAACGUUACAAGAAGGCCUACAAAUUUUAGCAAAAUGGGAAAAUCAACUGUUACCUAUUGUACAUUUGCUUUGGCAUCCGUUAGUAGAUAGAUUUCGCGAUGAAAAUGUAUUAAUAAUCAAUCGAGCAUGGCAACUAUUAAAUAUGCUGGCAUACGUUUCAAAAGAUUUCAUUCGAUCUAGAACGCUGAAGCAAGUACUGCCUGCACUUUCUAAGUUUCUGCAUGAUUCUGCCAAACAAAGUUACAACAAAAGUUCAGAAAAUAUUUAUAAAUUUACUCAAACUUAUAAGUUACAAAAGGAAUUGCUUUCUACAUUGGGUAAAGUCACGAAAGAUUUAGGUCUUCGUGAAAAAGAAACGUGGAAUAUACUAUCCAUCGUAGAACCAUACCUCAAUAAGAAUCAACAUCCUACAUUACAAGCAUGUUGCCUACAGUUAUACAAAGAAAUCGCUGAUUAUAAUGGAGAUAUUGCUUUGAUCAAAUGUCUCAGUAUUUUUCAUUCUAAAAUAUCGAAAAUUGCUUCCGAUCCAACGUUUGAUAUUAAAGAUUUAAUGAAUGUUGAAGAUUUUUCAACAAAUGAGUAUUAUAAAAAUGUACAAACAGUUAUAAUGCAUAUUCAAGAUAAAAGUUCUGAUCUCUGAACUGAAAUUAUUGUUUAUUAAACUGAUAAAGCAUUUAUCAAACUAGUAUAUUGUACAUAAUGUACAUACAUUGCAAACUUGGAUUAUAAUGUACAUGAUUAUAGAUGGUCAGGUAUUUAUUUUAGUUUUUACAGACGUGCCAUAUGUGAUUUAAAAUUAAUAAACUUGGUAAUUUUUUAAAUUUUAUUUGUAUACAAUUUUUAUUUCACGAUGAUAUUUCACAUCUUAUGUUAUUGUUUACAGGUUUUUUGUACAAUUUUUGUCUAUUUAAAAUUUUACAUUUAUCUACAAAGCAAAUAAUUGUCUUGUACACGUAUGUUUCUGUAUUUUAUUCACAGAUAAUAUAAUUAAUUUUUUAUUUA